GCAAAAACUACGCAGAGAUGCUCGUGCGGCUGUAGGCGUGCUCUGAGCUUGUUUUCGGUCGUUUUCCAAAGCGUUCACGUUGAUCUCCGCGCGCUCCUCCAUCGCUGCGGCUGGUUACGGCAUUCUAGCUGGUGUGCAGCCUCAAGCUGGUGACAGCACCACUUGUGUCGCCGCGGCGCGUGGUGCCGGGACCAGAGCGAGCGAAACACAAUGGAACGCCGCCGCUGUGCCAAGAAGGCCGGCGGCUCGCAGAAGCCGCAGUGGUCGAACCGGCGACCGCUGAUCGAGAUCGAGCGACUGAGACGCAGAGAAACCGACGAGGGCGGCUUCAUCCGCUCGCAUCAAGACGAGCAGGCGCGGAAGCGCCCGCGCGUCGAAGAACCGGUCGCCGACGACGGCUGGGAGUUCGACCCCGACCACCUGCCGACGGACGCCGAAGUGGCCCUGGACUUCCUGAAGCCGCGGCAGCCGCCUUCCUUAGUUUUGGUAUCCCACGUGCCCGGCGUGCUGAAGGAUCGAGGGAAAGCAGAAAGGGAGCUAAGGAAACUUGCACAAGAGGGCAAGAUCACCUACCUCCAGCUCCCCACGUCAUCGGCAGACGUCGCCGUGCUCGAUGGCGACGAGUACCGCGCCCUGUUGAGUGAGAAGGCGGCCUUCGCGGACUUCGCUUUGAGGAAUGCGGCCAAGUUGUAUUGUACUCGAGAAGAACUAGACAAGGCGGGGUGCCUCGAAGGUGAUAAUGAAAGGGAGAAGCGGGCGGCUUUAGAUGAUCUGCGGCGCCUGGGCUUCCUCCGGCCGCGGCGCGGCGGCGGCGGCGAGGACGCCUACUGGUUCGCCGUGCCGCAGGGCGGCGACUUCGCGCGCGACGUCCUGGCCGGCCGCGAGGCUCUCCUAAACUCGCUCCAGCGCGCCAAGUACAAGGAGGUCGACGUGUCGCGGAGCGUGCCGUCGCUCGAAAGAUCGCCGCUGGGCCAGGCCUUCCACGUGCGCGACCUCGUCGGCCGCGGCGACGCGGACCUGCUGGAGCGGCCGGCGGGGCGGUUCCUGCGGCUGCGGCGGCGAUAGUCUUUGUGUAAGUUUAGUGUGUGGG